AUGGUGGCUUCUCGUGGCGUCUUCCGCAUCUAUUGGCUGGCUGCGGUUCUCUGUUGCGGCGGUGCUUUGUUCGGCUACGACUCCGGCGUCAUUGGAGGUGUCCUCACUUUUGAAUCUUUCCAGCAUGACUUUCGCUACGAUGCCGCCCAGCAAACCCGCGUCAGCUCCAUCGCUGUCGGAAUUCAACAGGCUGGUGCCCUAGUUGGUUGUUUCGCCGUCUGGCCCGUGACCAACCACUAUGGUCGUCGCUUCGCCAUGAUGGCCUGCUCGCUGGUCUUCUGCGUCGGCGUCAUCUUCGAAGUCAUCAACGCUCACUCCCUACCCCUCUUCUACUUUGGUCGGGUGAUCUGCGGACUGGGAAUCGGCGGGUCUGCCACCGUUAUCCCCAUCUACAUGUCUGAGAUGAGUCCCAAGGAGAUUCGUGCCCGGCUGGGGAGCUGCUACCAGUUCACUUACACCAUCGGUAUCCUCAUCUCCUACUGGAUCGACUAUGGCGUCAAGUAUAUGAUCCCCUCAGCCUCCCAGUGGCAGAUCCCCAUCGCCCUCCAACUAAUCCCCGGUGCCCUCAUGGGACUGGGCAUGUUCACCCUGGAAGAGAGUGUACGCUGGCAGCUAUUCAAAGGCGACACCCACCGUGCCUGGACCAGUCUAGUCUGGGUGCGCGGAUCCGACUCGGCCACCGUCGAAGCCGAAUUCGCAGAAAUGAAACACGGCGUCGAAGAGCAAAAGCACGCCACGGCAGGAUUCAGCCCACGCGAACUCCUCGAACGACCCAACGCCCACCGCUUACUCCUCGGCGCCGGUCUCUUUCUCGCCCAACAGUCCACAGGAGCCACCGCCCUCGCCUACUUCGGACCCCAGUUCUUCGCCCUCCUAGUCGGCCCCGGCGACAAGAACCUCCUCCUAACCGGCGUCUUCGGCGGAAUCAAAGUAGCAGCCUGCUUCCUCUUCAUCGUCUGCAUCGCGGAACGCUUCGGCCGCCGCCCUCUCCUCAUCGCCGGCGCAGUCGCCCAGUCCGCCUGCAUGCUAGCCGUCGCAGGCGUCCUGAAAUCCUACCCACCCCCCGGCGACGGAACCGUCACAGCCGCAGGCAUCGGCAUGGUCGUCCUCAUCUACCUCGACAUCGUCGCGUACAAUUUCUCCUGGGGACCCCUCCCCUGGCCAUGCACGGCGGAGAUCUUCCCGACGCGCAUCCGCGAACCAGGCGUGGCAUUCGGCGUCGGCUCCCAGUGGCUAUUCAACUUCGUCUGGUCCUUCAGCACCCCCUACAUCAUGGCCGGGAUCGGAUGGGCAACGUUUCUACUCUUCGGCGUGCUGGACAUGCUCAUCGCCUGUUUUGUGUUUUGUUGCCUCAAAGAAACAGCCGGUAAGACUCUCGAGGAGAUCACGGCUAUGUUUGAGCCGGUCUCGUCGGAUGUCGAGGGUGAUGGCUGGAAAUUAUCCCGGGAGGAGUCGCGGGAGUCACAGGCUGGGGAGAGUCCGCGCCCGAAAAGUCCUGUCGCGGGCUAUGUCGAGGCGAGUCGUAGUUGA